UUUUUGCUUCCAGAAAACUUCAAAACCUCAGGUACUAGCUCAAAAUGUCUGCAUCUCUCCGCCAAAGUGAGCUCACUAUCCGAGCAUGUAUUCUCUACGAAGCACUCGGCAAAAACCCGAUCCAAUUGUCCUACUACAAUUUCUGUACGAGAGUUGGAAAUGGCGUCAUGGGAUUUUCUGAUUUUGAAUUCUGGUACGAUCGAUUUAGCAACGGAAAUCAUGAUUUGGACUACGAUAGAAGCGUCAAUCAAGUUCCAAAGUCUUUGCCGGAGAUGCCGAAAUCCGAAAAAACAGAGAUCAGCGAAAUCGGGACCCAAGUGGACAUCGUCGAAUUAUUAAAUCUAAUGAAAGUGUCGCAAAGUGUUGCUCAAAAACGGAAAGUUGUGCUUGAUUCACUUGUUGUACAGUUUUAUGAAGGAGAGUCUUGUUCGAGGCUUAUUUUUAAUGAUCGCUAUAUUAUCAAGUAUGAGAAGAAGGAUCAGGGUUGUACUGUGUCCUAUUCAGAUAAUAGAGCCAGUAGCGACAGCAGAAAAAAAGAAAUCAAUGUGACUGACGAGGAUUACGUAGAACUAUGCAUCAAGGAUCUCAAGUUGUUGAUGGAAAAUCGGAUGGUUCAUUUGAAAACAUUCCGAUUUGCCAUAAUCGCUGUAGCUACAAAAGAAUUCCGUGAGAAGUGCAUGAAGCGCGUCGAAGAAGCUCUGAAGACUGCAAAAAGCUUGACGUCGAGAACAGUGGAAACAACUGGUGGUUACCUACUAGAACUCGCACAAUUGAUGGCUAUCUUCCCUGCUAAAAAUGUGGAAGAAAUUAGAUUCACUGGAGAUGGAACGAUAGGAAGUGAACAGCUGGUCAGCCUGGAACAAUGGAAGAAUGCUAGAAAAUUUGAUGGAAUGAGGGAUUUGAAUGUUCCGAUUGAGCACUUUUUGCAUUUUGAGACUUUCAUAGUUUAUUUAUCGGUAUUCACAGAAGAUGAUGCAGUGAAGCUUCGUGAUAUGAUCGAUAGAUCAGCCCACUUCUGUUAUGCUAGACUUCAUUUCAAAAGUAUGAACAUCAGAACACUGAUGGGAGUCUUCGAUGUCUACAAUACUGAGCACAAUAUCGUUUACCAAACUCCAGACCAAAGAUAUUUCAAUGUUAGAUUCUAUUCGAAUGAGCUCCAAAUUACAAAGUCUGGUUACAAAUUCCACUACUACUAAUAGCUCUAAAUUAUAAUAAUUUUUUUCUAGCUAUUCUCAAUUUCCAGAUUGAAUAACUGAUGUUUUUUUUUUAAUUUUCACAGAAUAAAGGUUAUCUUUUGGCAUUCUAA